AUUGCAAAGAUGAUAAUUGUCCAUGAGUAUUCGUUUAGAAUGGUUGAGCAUAAAUGGUUUAAUAUCUUGAUGAAGUGGAUGAAUAGCAACUAUGAAUCUAUUGGUAGGAAGACUAUUAAAAAUGAAUGCAUGAAAGUUUAUGAAUCUGAGAAAGAGCAGCUAAGAAAGAGUCUUAGAGAGGCUGAAUCAAUCAGUUUGACUACUGAUUUGUGGACAUCCAAUCAAAAUGUGCAGUACAUGUGUUUGGUGGCACACUACAUAGAUAGUGAUUGGGUUUUGCAAUGCCGUGUUCUUAACUUUCUUGAGGUAGAUCCUCCGCACACUGGUUUGGUGAUAGCUCAUGCUGUUUUUGAGUGCUUGGUGGAGUGGAAAAUAGAAGAUAAGGUUAUGUCAAUCACCCUUGAUAAUGCUUCAAAUAAUGAUACUGCUACUACAAAUUUGUCAGCCAAGCUGCUUGCUAGAAAGAAUGGUCAGUUUGAUCCCAAAUAUUUUCAUGUUCGUUGUGCUGCUCACAUAGUCAAUUUGGUUGUCAAUGAUGGUCUAAACCAAAUAGAAGGUCUCAUAAGUGACCUAAGGAAUACUGUGAAAUAUUUCAAAAGGUCUCCAAGUCGCCUGUACAAGUUUGUAGAGGUUUGCAAUGAUUAUGCUAUUGAAGUUGGGAAAUGUUUGUCUCUUGAUGUUAAAACAAGGUGGAACUCAACAUAUAAAAUGCUUGACACUUGCAUUCAGUAUAGGCCUGCAUUUGGUUAUUAUGCUCAAGUAGACCAGAACUAUGCAUGGAAACCUACAGAAUCUGAAUGGAACAUAUAUGAGAAGAUUAGACCAAUUCUAGGAGAGAUGGCUGGAGCAACCACUGCAUUUUCAGGAUCAGUUUACCCUACUGCUAAUGUGUUCUACCCUUACAUUUUGAAAGUCAAGAUUGCAUUUUUAAAGGCAAAAAAUUCUGAUGACCCAUACUUGAAGAAAAUGGGUGCUGCAAUGUUAGACAAAUUUGAUAAAUAUUGGGAAGAGAAGAACAAUGUAAUGGUUAUUGCUACAAUCCUUGACCCUAGGUUCAAAAUGAGAUAUAUUCAGUUCUAUUUUAAUGGGCUUUAUGGCCCCACAAGGUGUGAACAAGAGGUUGCUGAUAUUAAAAAAGAGUUAGAAGAGCUGUACAAGAAGCAUGAGUUGGAGCAGCGCCGGAAAAUAGGUGGCAGCAACAGCUUAUCAACCACACAAUCAGCCUCAUCAUCAAAGGAAACAACCAGCUCAGUGGCUUGUCUUGUUUCUAGUGAAUUUCAAUCCUUUCUAGAGUCAAGUGCUUCAGAAAGUUCAAAAUCUGAGUUACUUAUCUACCUAGAUGAAGCAAACCAUUCCUUAAAUGAUAAGAAAUUUAACUUACUUCAAUAUUGGAAGGUGAAUGCUCUUAGAUUUCCUGUUGUGUCUAGUAUGGCAAAGAAGUUCUUAGCUGUCCCAGCUAGCAGUGUAUCAUCGGAGUCCACUUUCAGUUGCGGGGGUAGAAUUCUUGAUGACUAUAGGAGUUCUUUGAAGCCAGCAACUGUUCAAGCACUAGUUUAUGCAUCUAGUUGGAUACGAGGUUCUAAAAGUCCUCAUGUUAUUCUGGGAGAAGAUGGUGAUGAUGGUGACAUUGAGACUGUGGAGCUUCCGAGCAGUGUGGUGGAAAGCAACCAUUAAGGACUAGGGAUCUGUUGGCUGCGCGCCUGCGCCCCAUGGCUGCUUCUAUCUUACUUUUGGUGUUUAUAUAUUAUCUACAAAUUUGAUCAGUCUAGCACUCAAG